AUGGCCUCGUACGACUUCGGAGGAGCCCAGCAAUGGGGCCAACCAUUAUACUCGAUGGGGGGAGCAUCGCAGAAUAUGCUUCCACAAGUUGCGCCAGCGCCUCCUCCAGUGCAAUCAACUUGGGACCACAGCUCACCGUAUCGCCUAACGGUGAAGCAACAACCGGAAAGGGCCAAAGCAGCCAACGCAAAAGACAAGGACAGAAAGCCAGUAGACCCGCCACCGAUCGUACAGCUUGACGUCGACCCCAGCUUAGACCCGCUCCAGGUGUACAUAACGUCUCCGUACCUCUUUGUGCAGACGUUUCUGAUAGGGGCCUCCUCCUCCGACCCGGAACCAGAGCUAAAUUCGCUGACGGGAAACACCUGCACGAGCGGGCACGUUGUCAAGGACGACAGGGGAGCGCACAACAUGAUGUUUUGUCUGAACGACAUAUCCGUCAAGAAAGAGGGGACGUACCGCCUCAAGUUCUGCCUGUUCAAGCUCAACACAACCAGCGGAGACGCCGAAGCCCUUACGUCCAUCUGCUCACAGCCAUUUACGACCUACAGCGGAAGACAUUUCCCAGGAAUGUCAGAGUCGACCUCCAUGACUAGAUUACUUGUCGAUGCCGGGGUCCGACUGCGCCUCAGGAAAGAGUCCAAGGCGAUGAGCACCAAGAAGAAGAACAACGCAUUCGCGCAGAUGAUGGGUGGGCGGAACCAGGGCGGCGGCGGCGAGGAGGAGGAGGACCGGCCAGUCAAGCGCGUACGGUCCGAACCAGGCGACAAGGACAACACCAUGUCUCUGUACCCAAAACACGGCAGCUUUUCGACAACACACUCAUACACGGGCCACUCGACGCCCUCGACCACCAUGACCCACUAUCCAGGCGCCUUCCACACCGUCACCUCCUCGCCGAGCCAGAGCAUGGCGCCCAUAGGCUCCAUGUCUGGCCACUACGGCUCGAACCUGCAGCUCGGGCUAGACACCUCUGUCGGCCACUACCACAGCCCCCCCUCGGCUGGCUCCAGCUACCAGUCGCCCGGGCGGCAAUCCCCAUCGACAGCAUACCCGCUCCACGGCAGCGCAACAUCGUCCCAGGGCCUCUUGACGGGGGCAAGCCCGCUCGGACAGUUCAGCAGCAGCCACGCCGCCGCCCACGGCCCUGUGCUCCCGCCCGUCGACAAGAUAGGCGCGUCACACGGCAGCUCGUCGCCCGAUCUGAACUACACGACCGCUGCCAACUACAAUGGGGGCUACAUGCCCACCAACAGUAGCAGCUCGAGGACCCUCCCUGGCAUGCACGCGCAACGGCCAGGCAACAGCAUCGUUGGGCCUGGAGGCUUACACCUGAAGAUUGCCCAGCCGGGCCUUCCCCAUGGCCAGGGCGGCUAUGGCGAAAGCAACAUGUUUGAUAAUUAUAACUAUGGGUCGCGGGAUGGUCACUGA